AUGCAGGUCGCCGUACCAUCACCACAACGCUCACGAGCAUCAUCGCGGAGCAAGUCGCCACUAUCUCUCGACCUCUCAGACCUCCCACCACUGGUUGAGCCGUCACCUCCUUCAAACACCCUCAUAAUUACAAACCUCCUCGCGCCAGAGAUCUUCCACAUCACCACCCUCACAGAGCUCCGCGAGACGAUCGACCAGCAUGGAAAGAUUCACACCUGGGCACCACUCAAGUCUUUCCGCCGAAUUGUGGUCUCCUUCUUCGACAUCGAAUCGGCCAUCCAGAUACGGCAAACCCUCGAUGGUUCACAAAUCAUGGGCUACCGGGUGCGCGUUUACUUCGGCAUGAACACGCCUCUGAACCCCUCGGAUCAGCACCUUCCUCUGCCCAAGUCUGACCGCCUUUUCUUCAUUUCGCCGCCGCCGUCACCACCCAUGGGCUGGGAAAUGAAGGAGGAAGAUGCACCAAACAAGAUUGUGCACCCAGAAGAUCUCGCAGCAGCGCUGGCUCGUUUGCAUGCACACCCCCACAACGAUGCGCUCUCACCUGUAGACUCAGACUUCAGCCCAAUCGGACGGAGGCGGACAGGCAGCACGACGAUCGUGUACCACCCUGAGGACCACGGCGACUCGCUCACCUUGCCGGCCAUCGCAGUGGAGGACACCACCGAGACACCUGGCUCCUUGACACCAGAUUGUAUGGGAGGUGUUGAGGGACCCAUUCAGUCACAGAAGGCCCAGGGCAAGACACUCAGCACUGCACGUCCGCCGCUUGAGUUCAUGAACUAA